AUGCACGUCCGGGCCUGCCGAAGGAGUCCCGGUCUCGAAAACAGCUUCCGAAAACCGCCGGAGAGCGCUCCCGAGCCACUCCCCUCCCUUCCCUGCUCCCCUCUCUCUCUUUCUCUCUCCCGCGUGCGGCAUCUCCUUCCGGCGUUCGAUCCGAAGAUCUCAGCAGUCCAAGAUCGAUGCUUGCUGUCUGGUUUGAUCCCUUGUUCUCUUUGAUUUCUGUCUGUAUUUCUCUUCCUGGGUUGCAAAUUUGCUUAUGAUUCUGGACUCAGUGAUUUUAAUUUCGACACGCUUUUUUUUUUUUUUUUGAUGAUCGUGGGAUCAUCGAUAUCUGGAUUCUUGUAGAAUUAUAGGGAUUUUUGUUCUGAAAAAAAGACUUGUUAUUUCGGUGGUUAUUCAGUCGGUAUCGAGUCAAGAAACGAUUUUCUUGAUGUUUUCAGGGAUUUGUUCUUCAAUCCCGGCGCUUCGUGUGUCUCUGUCACAUCUUUCCGAUUCUAGAACAAUCUUCUAUCUGAGAUUGUUCGAUGGACAUCUGAAUUCUUUUUCUAGGUUUUGUUCUUCUAAGUGAUUAAAGAGUCUUGAAUUUUCCGUUAGAACUCGUUCUAAGUUUUGUCUUUUUAGGUGCGUCGGCGGAUUAGGUAGUUUCUUGAUUUAGGUUUUGCCAGGAUUUUUUUUUUGGUCGGGGGGUAGUGGGGUGGGGGGAGCGGGUUUUGGGGGUAGGGUGGGAGAUGGGUAGCUUCGAGGUUGGUAGGAGGCCGCCGCAAGCUCAGAGGCUGUAUGGUGUAACGAAACCAAUCUCCACCGCUGGCCCAACGGAGGCAGAUCUCCGGAGAACCGUGGAAUUAGAGAAAUUCUUGGCCGACUCUGGUCUCUAUGAGAACAAGGAAGAAGCAGCGAAGAGGGAAGAGGUUCUAGGACAGAUAGAUCAGAUUGUCAAAAGCUGGGUGAGGCAGUUAACCCGCCAGAGAGGGUAUACUGAUCAAAUGGUUGCGGAUGCUAAUGCCAUCAUCUUCACAUUUGGUUCUUAUCGCUUGGGGGUGCAUGGACCAGGGACUGACAUUGAUGCUCUCUGUGUUGGACCUUCAUAUGUUAAUCAAGAGGACUUCUUCACUAUACUGCACGACAUUUUGGCAGGCAUGGAAGAAGUGACUGAACUACAACCAGUGCCAGAUGCUCAUGUUCCUGUUAUGAAACUCAAAUUUAAUGGGAUAUCUAUUGAUCUUCUUUAUGCCAGUAUCUCUCUCCUAGUUGUUCCUGAAGAUUUGGACAUCUCCAAUAGAUUGGUUCUUUACAAUGUUGAUGAAUUCACUGUUCGAAGUCUGAAUGGCUGCAGAGUGGCAGACCAGAUUCUUCGACUUGUCCCCAACGUCGAGCAUUUCCGGACGACUCUAAGAUGCAUAAAGUUUUGGGCAAAGAGGCGUGGUGUUUAUUCAAACGUAACUGGUUUUCUUGGGGGUGUCAAUUGGGCUUUAUUGGUUGCCCGUGUGUGCCAGCUAUAUCCUAAUGCUGUACCCAGUAUGCUAGUUUCCCGGUUCUUUAGAGUUUAUACUCAAUGGCGCUGGCCAAAUCCUGUGAUGCUUUGUCCAAUUGAGGAAGAUGAACUUGGGUUUCCUGUUUGGGAUCCACGUAAGAACCCUCGGGACCGAACACAUCAUAUGCCAAUAAUUACACCUUCAUAUCCUUGCAUGAACUCUAGCUACAAUGUCUCCACAAGCACCUUACGCGUCAUGAAUGAUCAGUUUGAUCUUGGUAAUAGAAUAUGUGAGGAGAUUGAGCUCAACAAGUCUUGUUGGAGUGCUUUGUUUGAACCUUACCUUUUCUUUGAUAAUUACAAGAACUACCUUCAGGUUGACAUAGUUGCUGCAGAUGCUGAUGAUUUGUGUCUAUGGAAGGGAUGGGUGGAAUCUCGACUGAGGCAGCUGACUUUGAAGAUUGAGCGGGACACUUAUGGUAUGUUGCAGUGUCACCCAUAUCCCCAUGAAUAUACAGACACUUCAAAACAGUGUUCGCAUUGCGCCUUUUUCAUGGGUUUGCAAAGGAAACGGGGGGUUAGAAUUCAUGAAGGACAGCAAUUUGAUAUACGUGUAACGGUUGAUGAGUUCAGGCAUUCAGUUAACAUGUACAUGUUUUGGAAGCCAGGAAUGGAAAUCUUUGUUUCUCACGUUCGUAGGAGGCAGAUUUCUUCUUUUGUGUUUCCAGAAGGGUACAAGAGAUCUCGACCCUCUAAACUUACAAUCCAGCUGAAGGCAGAAAAAUCCAGUGAAGAUGGAGCUGAUGAUUGUGAGUGUGGCUCUUCGGAUGGAUGGUCCAAAAGAAAAAAGUUUGCCAUAGAUGAUGGUGCAGAACCAAAUAAACCAGAGAAGCGGGCAUCCGUUAGUCCUAAUCAACUUUUGUUUGGUUCACCUGAAGUUGUAAAUGGUGGUUCAGGAGGAACUUCUGCUUCUCUGGAUAUGGAGACAUCGCCUGAUACACAAAUUUCUGAUAUGGACCUGGAUAAGAACUCGGUUGACAUUGUUCAGCAUGGGUCUGGGAAUUAUCUUAAAAUGAAAGAAUUUGCUUCUACUGGUGUUAGUAAAUACUCUGAAGCUCAACUGCAGCAGAAACAAUUCGAUCGCAGGAUGGAUGUCCAGAAUGAUAUUGGCAGCAGUUUAGAUGAGGAGGUGGCUUUCUUAGAGAAGCAAGUGGAAGGUGACGGGAACGGUGAGAACACUGAUUCUAGUGACAGUCAGGAAGUCUCAACAAGAAGACUUCAUGAAAUAGCUACAGAGGUGGGCCUCUUGGAGAGCGAGUGCUUAAACGGAGUUUUUCAGAAUGGCCUGCUGGAGGAGUUAGAGCCGAAUUCUGCACUGGUGAUGACCUUGGAUGCUCGUGGAGGAAUGACUUCAGAACCUGUGCAGAAACAAGCAAUAAGGUUGAAUUUGAGCUUGGCUUCUACUGCGUGAGGGUUUCAUGGUAGAGUGUGUUCAUGAUAACUUGGGUUGGGUCUAUAAAGCAUGAUGCUUUGGAGGAUAACGGGGAUUAGGAACGCUGCAGCAUUUUGAGCGGGUAGAGUUCUUUUGGUUGAAGUUUUCGUGUGCCACACGGAUUGGUGGAUACAGGAGAUUUUGCUGUGUGAGCUGUGGACCUGAUGGCUUUCUCAUCAGAAUCAUGGACCUCUUAGGAUGCUGUGAACAAUGGCUGGCAGUCUCUAGUUUAGUGAUUUGUUCCAAUGUGCGUGCUUAUAAAUUUAGAUGUCGCAUAGGUCAGAUGCAGGGGGAACUAGUUCUGUGGCUCUAGCGUCUAAUGUCCUUGUAUGAGGAUGUCUUUGGGGAGGGGCUGUUUGUUUUGGGAGUGGCGGGGGUCAAUAGGUACUGAGUUUUAGGAUUAGGUUAGUUUCUUUCAUUUCCUUUAUGUUUUUUAAAAAAAACUCAUUUUUCAUCUUCGUAACAAACUGCUCUUUCUGUAAUACAAGAUCUUAAAUUGGCAUUUCUUCUGUCAAUCUA